AUGCCACGUAUUAUGAUUAAAGGUGGUGUCUGGAGGAACACUGAGGAUGAAAUUCUUAAAGCGGCUGUUAUGAAAUAUGGCAAGAACCAAUGGGCACGAAUUGCUUCUUUAUUACACAGAAAGUCAGCCAAGCAGUGUAAAGCUAGAUGGUACGAGUGGCUGGAUCCAAGUAUCAAGAAAACAGAAUGGAGCAGAGAAGAAGAGGAAAAACUGCUGCAUCUGGCCAAACUUAUGCCAACACAGUGGAGGACAAUAGCCCCCAUCAUUGGCAGAACCGCAGCCCAGUGUUUGGAGCAUUAUGAAUAUCUGCUUGACAAGGCCCAAAACAGGGAGGCUGACAAUGAGGAUGAUCCCAGAAAACUCAAGCCAGGAGAGAUUGACCCUAAUCCAGAAACCAAACCAGCCAGACCUGAUCCAGUGGACAUGGAUGAAGAUGAGCUUGAGAUGCUUUCUGAGGCCCGAGCUCGACUGGCCAAUACACAAGGCAAGAAGGCAAAGCGUAAAGCCAGAGAAAAACAGUUGGAAGAAGCCAGACGUUUGGCUGCAUUACAGAAGAGAAGGGAGUUGAGGGCAGCUGGCAUUGCAGUGAAGCAGAAGCGCAGGAGAAAGAGAGGAGUAGACUACAACACGGAGAUCCCAUUUGAGAAGCGACCAGCUCUUGGAUUUUACGAUACAGCUAAUGAGACCUAUGACCCUUUGAACCCCAACUAUAAACGUCUGCGACAGCAGAACUUUGAUGGAGAUCUUCGUAGAGAUAAAGAAGAG